AUCUCCUCGACUACAAACUUCAGAAUUCCAAUUGUAGGCGAUUUUGGGUGGAAGAGAGGCCUUAGAGGAAUUUGACGAUGACAUUGUUUCGUUGUGGAAGACUGCAAAAGUUCUUAUGAUUUUUAAAACAGCGAGGAGCGUCGCAGGCUGCCAAAGAAGCAGGGGUUGAAGAAUUGACUUUAAGACUUCUUGUUGUUCAAGGCCGCUUGCCUUUCCGGGACCAGAAACAGCUGAAGUCUAAAGUUUUGGGGAUCAAGAUCUUUGUUUAAGAGUAAAUGAGUUAAUUCAGAAGCGAAUCGAGGUUUCAUAAGAUCGUUCCAAAGCAGCGUGUUUUAUUUGAACUGAUCUUGGGCAUAUUGGAAAAUUAACUUUUGUUGGAGGAAUUCAUCAUACACUCGUUUACAUUUUAGUAACAGUGAAAAAUGGUUUCGGAGGUGAAAUUGGACAAAGAGGAGGGAGAUCACAAAGUCACCUUCACUCUGACGGUAGCUUUAGCUUUUCCAUCAGAUGACAACGAGCCUAAAGCUAUAAACCGGGGCACUGCCACCACUAAAGGGAAGCGCAAGUUAUUUGAGGCACCAAAACCACAAAAUUAUUAUCAUCUGGAGUAUAAACUUUUUCCCAAUGAAACUGAGCCGGUGAAGGUAGAUGUUGUAACUUAUGGUAUCGCAGCCAAGAUCUAUUCUGAGGGUGACUCCAAGGUGUUGAAGACAUGGCGAGAUGAGGACAGAACUUGGGUUACUUGGACCCACAGUCACACUGUCACAGUCACCAAGGAACUGCUACUUCAGCUGUUUGUCCAUACGAUGGAUUUCAAGAUCUGGGACUCAAAAGACAAGGUGUCACCACGUGCACGCUUUGAUAGACCUAAGGCCUUUAGGCUCCCUGCAUCAAGAAGUCCUGAGGAUCUAGAAGCAGCAGGUGGAGGUGUCAUGCAGAUUGUUAAUAGUCAACAGCUAUUGUUUGAAAGCAGUCAGCCAAAACAGUCUCGUAUUGUUCACACAGAUGAUGACAAAGAGGCCAAGAGGUAUCCUAACACAUCUCAAGGCCAUGUUUUUGGCAUGUUAGGCACAGGGUCCAUUCUGGACAAUAGAGCCAUCACUGCACCAUCGACAUUUCGUUCAAUAUCUUAUACAACAAGUUCAUCAACAGCUGCCGUUACCUCUAGCAGAGUUAAAGUUCAAGUGCGGGUGGACGAACAGGACACCCCACAGUUCAGUCGCCUUGCAACUUUGGCUGGUGUUACUCCACCAAUGACAGAUCGUGAAAUUCAACAGUCAGGACAGAGGCAAAUACGAUCGCAGUCCAAGAAAGAGAGAUCCAGUUCAAAAUUGGAAGGGAUGUUGACGAAAGAGGGAUCCAGCCCAAAACCGGAAGGGAUAAAAAAGAAAUCAUCGAUUCCAAAGGCCAGCACUUCCAAGAAAGAACUUGCCCUAGCUGCAACACACACCAAAGCUCAUGGACCUGCCUCCCUUUCGGUAAAGAUGUACGCUUUUUUCUCUGGUGCAAAAUCGAUUACGACAAAACUGGGCAAGCCUGCGGGCGGUGUAGAGGAGUUACUGUUGUCUGUGUCACUUGACAGUGAUCUUCUGUCCGAAGUUCAGAAGGGAGAGCUCAACCCUAUGGUGAUAAGGGUGUCAUCGGCAAGUGAACUGCCUUGUAAACCCAUGACGUAUAUGCAGCUCAGGGCAAAAUGCAAACCAGUGCAUGUUUCUUACCAGUUCUACAAACAGCCCGUACACGAGAGCGUUGGAAGGGAACAUGGGAGUGAGGUCUUCUGGGAAGAUGUGAAUGUGGUCCUUCUUGGGACAUUAGACAAAAGUGGUCUCGCAGAGUACCUUCAAGGGCCCCAUUUCCAAAUUGAGGUCCACGACAGGGACCGUAAAAUCGAACAUAAGAAACCUAAGCCCAGUUUGUUUGGUGAGAACCCAGAGGAUGAGAUGAUCAAUAAUGUUAGUUUGGUGGCAGGUCGUCGAACCACUCACAACCCGUUCACAAGCCGUAGUAAGCCAUGGGACCCGUACGGCAUUGCCAAGUUUGAUCUGUCAGGGUUGUUACUCGGUCAGAAGUAUCUUUACUUAAGGUCACCCAUCCAUUGCUGUCCUUUGCCGGAUACUCACUCAGGGUUUCAGAAACCAGACGGACCUAUAUUGGGCCAGCCGGGAAAUGUGGACGCACCAGAGGACAAACCUAUGCCCGUGGCUAACUAUCUGGAGGCUGGUAGCGAACUGAAGAUUAAGGUCAACCUGGUUUACCCCUUGAAUGCCACUGAAGAAGAGAAAAAAACUGAAGAAUCUACUGAAGAGGAAAUGUGCCCAUACGGUCGUGUUAUCUAUAUUUUCGAAUACAAGAAUGCUCCUUUCCUCCGUCAACUUCAAUCUGAGAUUACAGCUGUGAAUGCGGAAGCACUGGAACUAGCUGCUCUACCACAGCAUGUGAUCGAGGCUGCUCUCUCAACAUACAAGUUGUCCAAAGAACAACGAACGAAUAAGAAACUGGAUAUUAUCACGGGAUUUCAGGUUCUAGACGGCCAGUAUCAUUUGUUUGUGUUGGAAGGCCUGGCAGAAAAAGGAGUUAGACGACUUUGGGAAGAACUUCCCAGACCACAAGAGGAAGAUAUCACAAAAUUCAACGUUCUCUACAACUCCGACCUGAGGUUCCAUGAGCGGCUGUAUGCAGCGCUCGAUGUAGAUUUGUGCCGAGUUAGACUUCACGAGCCUCUGGAAGUCAUAGUCCAGAAUCCUUUGCUAUAUGUUAGGGACCUAGUACCCAAACCUUGUUUUGAUGCGCUGGCAAAACUUGAUCAGGUGUUGAAGCUCUCAAAACUCCGCGAAGUGUGUCGAAAUGAUUUGUUCCCAUCCGCUGACAUGAUCGUAUCUAUGAGCCGCGAAUUUGGAGUUCCACUGACCGCAGAAGAUUUUGGAGACCUUGAAUCCAGUAGUGGAUCUCAAAUUGAGGAGGCUGCUUCAGGUAAACUUCUGGAGGAACCUAGACCCAGGACUACUCGACCAUGGACGCCCCUGUCACUUUACAAUUCAGAUUACGUUGCGCUGGUUAAAGAAAGAGGAAGAACUCUGGUAAAACACGACUUCAUCAGUGAGAACAUACUGAAAACACAGGCAAAAGAACCAAAAAGAAGACCGCAGACCAUCGCCGUGGAUAUGACUGAGCUGCAUCAGGAAACCGCACACAACUACAGUAUACAGACCUUGAAUUCUACAGAACUGGCUAAAGAAAAGCUAAGACACGCACUUGAAAAGGAAAGAGAUCGCCGUUUUACCUACUGCCCAGAGUACAACUCGGCCACAGUUCUUCCCAUUCAUCCAGAAACAGUCAAGAAGCAAGAUCUUCUUUCUUCUAAGAAACUGUGGAGAACAGAAAACGGAUUUAUAUUCCCUGGAAAAAAGACCUCAUUGGUAUCAAAUAUUCACCCUAAGAAGCCCGACUCGGCCCGAGUAGACGAACUUCGCAAGCCAUGGAAAGAGAACAUUUUACACGCCAACAUUCUGAAACCAACGGUAGAUAGGGAAAACUUCCCCUGGGAUUAUCGAGAUGCUGAUGUAAAUUUACUACCCCAUCCUCCUCCGUUUUUCGACAAAAAUCCAUGUUUGUCAGUUCACACCGCCGGCGACACCAAAGAACAAGAACAAGACGAUGCUGCCAUGGAGACCGCGCGCCAAUGGAGAAACAAAAUUGUUGUGGACGAUACAAUAUUUCGUAUGCAUCGUUGUCUACCAGAGACAGAACUCAGAGAUAAAGGCGCUAAAGCUUCGAACCAACUCGCAAAAUUAGAAGGACUUUUAAAAAAUAACCCACAAAAAUUCUCGCUUUCUAGAGAAGGACUCACUUUGGAGGAGAUUCCACCAUUAGCUGUGGUUAUGAAUCCUAGUGUGGAUACUCCCGCGAGGAAAACUGGGAAGUUAGUUCCCAUUGUAAGGGACCACAAGGAAGAAGGGAACUCGGGAUUUUAUCCGGGACCUUUUGAGAACGAGGGCUGGCUCCUGGAGAAGAAUAAGGUUCCAAUACAAGAUCAGGAACACGAGCGGUUUAGGAGCCUCAAGGGCCACGAUUUCAGGUUAUAUUACAAAGACAAAGAUGUCGUUUGUGGACGACCUAUCGAACCUCUGAAGGAUGAAGAAAGAGACAAUCACCUUUUUCCUGUUGCUGAUAUUUGCAGCUAACAUAGGCUGAGAAGUCACCUCGAAAAUUAUUAUAAUUACCUCCGUGUUUGAAGUGAUAGAAAAACAGACAAAUAAUUAGCGAUAAAGCGAGAGAUUUCUGUACCAGUUUGCUUUAUCCCUUUUUUUUCUGGGCUGCCUUACAAGGACUCGCUCUGAGUGAACCAACAUUUCUCACGCAGAAGAAAUUAUCUCACAGAAAUUGAAAGCUUCUUCAUAAAUUUAUUCUAAAUUAAUGGGUAUAUACACAGCAGAAAUGUUUCAUGUCACCUGCUUUGACGAAAUUUAAUGUACAGUUACGUAAAACUCAAAAUCAUUACCAUGGUUUUAAAUAUGCAUUAUCGUUUGUCAAUUUUUUUUUUAAAAUAGAUCUAUAAGCCUAAAGAAAAUUAUAGGCGCUUUUCGCCGAGGCUUGCCAAUAAAAUAUUGUUUCUUCAGAAGUCUUUUUUCUUGUUAGAUUAGUGUAAAUGUAUAUGUAGAAUUCCAUUUAUUUAUCCCCUUAUCUUAUCUACAAACGUGUCCGUUAAUAUUUAUAAUUCCAUUUUUGGCAAAGAAGCACAACUUCAAAAUCCCCUUAAAACAAAUAUUUUUCAUCCCGAAUAUUGAGGUCCCAAUUCAGUCUUUCUCGACGCAAGCUUUCUCUCUACUCUGCUUUUGUAACUUAAAUUUUUAGGAUCUACUAUGUCUUAUGCCUUUCCUUAUACGAAUUUUUAAGUAAAAGCCGCUUCUUGAUCAAAUGUAUGUCGUAAAAAAGAAAAAAUACAAAAACAAAAAAACAAAAACAAGAAAUUUCAACUGCCAAUCAAAAGAGAG